GUCCUCAACACACGGAUCUUCAUCUUGGACAUCUGGUCUGCGCGUCAGACCUUUGGGACUGCUUCUUGAGCUCUUUGGUCAGCGGUGCACUUCACACCUGGCGUCCACUCCAACACAAGAUUUCCUGUGUCCUUCAGCCAUCAUACUCAGGCAGCGCUUCAUUCCCUGAUGGAAAAGCAGAUGCAACUGGCGACGGGCAUACCUGAGAUACUUACGAAGUGCGGUCUCAUGCAGAUUGCUUGGAGUUGCCUGACCAGUGGCGAGAAUGGACAAAAAGCGUGCUUGAUCUGGUCUCGAUUGUGCCCACCAAGACAAUUUUCCGAUGAUCCGCUUGUAUCGAGAAGCUGCUUCAUCCGACAAUGGUUGAACACAAUUGGGAUCUUUGACACCUUUCUCCAAGACUUGCAAAAGAUCAGGUGGAGUGUCAGAUGACCUGAGAUCGCAGCAAAAGGGAUCAUUCAUGAACAAAUCCUUCAAAUACUCUGAUGGCACACGCAGCAAAAUAUCGCUCGAUCCGGCUGGUCGCGCAAUGUGUCGGCCAAGGAAGACAAUCGUUCCUCCAGGUCCCUUUGAUGUCGUGAGGGUUCCAGUGCUUCUCACAUUGAGUGUGACAAGAUCCACCUCCAUCUCAGUCAGGAUUCGUGAGCAAGUCUGGAGCCAGCUCUUCGAUGAUCCACCGACAUGGAAUGAUUUUGAUCUUGAGUGUCCAUGGCUUUCAGCUCAAUCAUCCUUCCGGACUUGACCAGGUUCAAAGCGACACAGGUCCGUGAAGUGGCAAUGGUUCCGAAAUUCCGACCUGAUCAUCAAGAGGCUCUGCCGGCUUCGACUUGGACUCCAAUGCCGGCGCGUCAGCUCCCAACAGUCCUUUCAAAAGGAUCCAUAUGGGAAAGAGAUCCUUCACAGGGCCUUGGACACUGGUGACUGGUGGUUCGUCCUUGGGCGAGGGAUCAGCCACAAUGGAUCAGACGUACGUCCCUGCGGGCACGCAAAUUCCAGCAUGGCGAACCAUGAUGGGUACCAGCGUGGACGGGAGAUUCAUGGUGAAACGCAAGCAGGCAUCGCGCCUUCCGCACGGACUUUUUCCUUACGUUCUUGCUUUAUUUCUCAAUGCAUUUGCUGGUCGCAUUUUGCGGCUUUGGUUCACAGCUUCACUUCCCUUCGCUUCCGGAGUCUUUCUUCUCCGCUUCUGGGAAUCCUCCGUCUUUCUAGCACUUGGGCAGGUUCGUGCGGACCUGUCCAUCACAACUCAUGAAAUUGGCAUAUGUGCAGGGAAAGCGCUACUUUUUCUUGCGGAACUCAGCGUUUUGUUUCCGCAGCUGGACAUGGCUAGCAAUGUUGUCAUGUUCUUGCUCCACAAGCAUUGCCUGUUGGGGCGUGUCACACCAUCUUCUGGAGGGCAACUUCGUGGCUGGGACAACCUAAAGUGGGUGUCAGCCUACACCAAUACACCGCACAACAUGACUGCGCUGAAGCCGUACUCAUGCACUCCAAUAUUGACCUGGCUGGCCAAGGCUGGGGGUGCACAAGUGGGGGAGAAUGUCCAGAUCCACUGGAGAGGCUUCCAAGGAUGCCCAGAGCUUGACAUGAUAACACUCGGCGACGAUGUCUACAUAGGUGGAGCUUUUUACUCCCACAAAUUUGCUGCGACGAGUUUGGCCUUCAGUGCUGUCACAGUUGGCCAAGGAGUUCAUACCGGAGGUCGAAGCAUGCUGAGCCCUGGGAGUCAUUUGCCUCCCAACGCAAUUGCUCUAGAGGGAACCUUGGUGAUUCCUGGAAGUGCGGAUCUCAAGUCGCAUGCCAAACAAUACUUGAGCGGUAAUCCUGCCGUUUCUGAGACAAGUCCUCCUGAGGGCGUUUUUGAAAUCAAUGGCAGGCACUUGUAGUUGCAGCAUAGAACAGUUUGAAGCGUCAGUAUGCCAUGAAGGUGUGGAUGGAAAAGGGUGCCCGCGGCCCUGGAAGUUGCAGUCGGAUUAGAUUUUGUAGCGGUUCCAGAUUCAGUGAUCGUGUUCAUGCACAUGCAAAUGGUCACGGCAAGGGCUGUUGCCAAGACCAAGCCUGCACGAAGGAAUAGUAGGUGUCUGACGCAAAAUGCCCUCGUGGCUGAUCCCCAUUUUCUUUUCCUUUGCUGAUCCUUCUUCCCAUUCAUGUGUUCAUCCACCCACCAUUGUAAGGGUCGGGCACACCAAUGUGCUUCUCGAUAUCCGCCCAUGUUUUCACUUUCACCGCCAGCCUUUGAUGCAGGUUUCCUCGAACAAGUUUUGACUGAUCGACGGCAUUGGAUGCAUCGGCGUCAGCAUUUUUGCUACUGCAUUAACCCGGCGACUCAUGUACCGGUUUACCCGCUCCAGAGGUUCUAGCCAAGCUCAGGCAGCACAGCUGACUGUAGCUUUGAGUUGGCCUGCUGGCCUGCUGGACCUUACUCAUUCCAUCUCAUUCCUCCACCUUACCCAUUGCACUGAAAAUCAGUGCUGCGAAUGCUGAAGAUUGUCGGAUUAUGCAUUCUGACAUGCGCCGUGCUUGCGCAGGAGCCUUCGUUGCCAGCAGCCGGCUGCAGUGCCUUGCAGAAAGCCGCCACCAUCUCUU